AUGAACGUUACUUCAUCUCCUCGUACUUUGGUAUCUGCCACCUCUCAGCAAACCCACAUUCAAGUGCCGCGUCCCCAGGUCGCUCUCCCCCACACGCCUCCUCAGACGCCUCCCACCCACAAGGACUUUGGUGCGAUCAACGGCCUCACUCCUGCACACCCCCAGCAGCAGCAUCAGCAGCAGCCGGUCUUGCCCCACACCCCGGAGCCCUCGCCCAAGGUCGAAUACUCGUCGUCCUUUUCCACACUCCCCGGUUCCCACUCUGGUAUCGGCCUCGGCAUUGGGUUCACUGAAAAGGGCUACACCCGCAACGAGGACCUGCCCAUCAACAGCGCGACUGCGUACUCUCCCCAGCGUAGCGUCUUUACGCCGAUUAAGCUUUCCAACCCGUACAAGGGUCAAUCUCCGCCCGGCAUGAGCACCCUCGCCUACCUCCUCCGCGUCCCCCGCCGCCUGCGACCUGUUCUCCUCCUCUUCACCUCGCUUUUCGUCAUUGCCAUUGUCCUCGUGUCGCGGACCGUCACCGACAGCUCGGGCAACUCGCUCGAGACGUUUAUCCGCCAGCGCCAGGGCCUGGCGGCGUUUGGCCGCCGGUUCGUCGACGAGCAAGAGUACACCAACCUCAGCGAGCUGAGGCAGGUCGUCAUUGCCGACUCGGCGCGCAUCACUGCACACGCCAAGAUCGAGUCCCAGCCGUUCGAGUAUGAGAGCAAGACGGACGAGCUCCUUGCCCUGCUGGGCUUUAUCACUGCGGCCACGGGCAACUCGCUCCCACCCACCAUCGACACUACGCAGCCGCUCGACGCCUCGCUCCUCCUUGGCUUCAACCCCACCACCGUCGAGUCGGCCGCCGAGGACCUCGAGUUCCUCAAGGAAGAGGUCAACACGCAGUACCCGCUUGUCCUGCUCGGCCGCCUGCGCGACCCGUGGCAGGGUGAGAUGAUGAAGCUUCUCGAGCACUACAAGAUCUCGCCCGAGCCGCUCAUCAUCGACGUCGACCUGCGCAAGGACCACGAGCAGUUCAUCCCCACUCUGGAGCGUCUGCUCGACUCGAGCGACCUCCCCCAGCUCCUGCUCCUCGGCAAGCCGCUCGGCAACGUCCGUGACAUCCUCGCAUGGGAGGACGCCGAGUUCAAGAGCACCGUCAUGGCCUCUGACGCCGUCUCGGUCCGCUCCCUGACCAAGAAGGACAAGCACCGUCGCGAGAAGGAGCGCCAGGAGCGUGAGCGCCUGCUCCGCCCCGCCCCCAUUGUCGAGUAG